AUGCCUCCUAAUCGAAACCCACGCCGGAAAAACACCAGCCCACUGACCGCCUUCGCCGCCGCCGCCGCCACCGCCGACCCCAUGGCGGACUGCGUCCUCCCUCUAGACGUCAUUCCCUGCAUCCUCACGCGGCUACCCUUGAAAUCGGUCCUCCGCUUCAAAUCCGUCUGCAAACCCUGGUGCAAGCUCGUCGCCUCCUCAAAAUUCGUCAAAGCCCACCACGACCAGCUGUCCAAAGACCCCCAAAAUCAGGCCGCCGUUAUCUACAGUCGCUCCGACUACCACGACCACACCAUGUCCCUUUACAAAAUCAACUCCGGCGAGAAAAAUCCCAUUAGCCUAGACCACCCUUAUCCUGGGAUCUUCUUCAGGAAGGAUUUUCUCGACGCUUCCUAUGGCUUGAUGUGUAGGGGCUGCCCGCCUCGCGGACAGGGGACUGUUCUCUGGAACCCGAUCUUCUUCAGGGUGGAUUUUGUCGGCGCUUGCUAUGGCUUGCUGUGUAUGGGCUGCCCGCCUCUCGGUCAGGGGAUUGUUCUCUGGAACCCUGCGAUGAAGCUGUUCAAAUUCGUUGGUCCCUCGAAGGUGGAAUUUGAGGUCCCUGAGAUGGUUUCCCUAGGGUUUGGUUUUGAUUCCAAAAGUGAUGAUUUUAAGGUUGUGAGGAUUGUGUGUCUAGCUGAGAAAAAGAAGGGUAAGAGUAUGGGUGUUGGGGUUGAGGUUUACUCUGCAAAUUCGGAUUCGUGGAAGACGAUCGAGGUGGGUUUUCGGUUUAAGGUGCUGUCGACCAAGAAUGAUGCCAUUGUGAAUGGAAAUCCGUAUUGGGUCGUGAAAUUCGACGAGAAGGGGGGUGCAGAGAGUAGUCUUGGCGAGGCUUUAGUGUGCUUUGAUAGUUUGAUGUGA